AUGGCUUACUUGGAAAAUGGCCUCUGCUCAAACUCAUGGCUCGUACUCGCCGUCUUUGGAGGCCUCGCCUCCAUCCCACUAGGCUGCAUGGCCCUUUACGCUCGCCAAGUCGAAAAGAGGCCUUGGAAACACAAGACAGCCACCGUCCUUGUCCUUGGCGAUAUCGGCCGCUCCCCACGAAUGAUGUACCACGCAGAGAGCUUAGCCAAGGCCGGCUGGGACACGUACAUGGUCGGCUAUGGCGACACGGCUCCAAUUCCAUCGCUCUUAGAGACACCACGCGUCCACUUCCUCCAUCUCUGGAACCCGCCCAAGCUGGUCAUGAAGCUCCCUUGGAUCGUCCGGGCGCCUAUCCGGAUCCUCUACCAGAUCGUAUCGGUCGUGUACCUCUGCGUCUUUGCGAUCCCUUGCAAUACCCAGAUCUUCCUCGUGCAGAACCCUCCGGCCAUCCCCACACUUCUCCUCUCCCAAAUCAUCUCCGAGACUACCCGGUCCAAGCUCAUCAUUGACUGGCACAACACGGGAUAUUCUAUCCUCGCACUGCGUCUCGGAUCAGACUCCCGCAUCGUCAAAUGGGCCAAGGCCUUCGAGCGCAAGUUUGGCAAGCGCGCGUACUGCCAUCUCUUCGUCACUCGCGCCCUGGAGGAGUAUCUUACGCGGGAAUGGCAUCUCGAGGGGCGCACGGCGGUUCUCCACGACCGCCCGCCAUCCCAGUUCCGUCGCACCGAGAUGAUCACGCAGCUGAAUCUCUUCCGCCGCAUCGCUCCCACCAUCACACCACCGGCGCCCGAGUGGCUCCACAGCCCCAACAUCCGAAACACGUCGUUCACGGAGCUCACGCCCUCAGGCGUCAAGCUGCGUGAGGACAGGCCAGUGUUUAUGGUUUCGUCGACGUCAUGGACAGCGGAUGAGGACUUUGGGCUCCUCCUCGAGGCGCUCGACAUGUACCAAACGCGCAAGUCGUCACCAGAGGGAAAGAGCCUGCCUCGGGUGAUGUUGAUCAUCACUGGGCGAGGUCCGCUGCGGAAACCCUUCGUGAAGCAGGUGGCGGAGAGAGAAAACUCAGGCAAGUGGCCUGACGUUGUCGUGCGCUGCAUGUUCGUCAGCGCGCGUGACUACCCGCUGUUAUUGGGUUGCGGGGACCUGGGCAUCUCGAUGCACCAGUCGUCGUCUGGGCGGGAUCUGCCAAUGAAGGUCGUCGACAUGUUUGGGUGUGGCGUGCCGGUUCUUGCACGCGGUUUCGCGUGCGUUGAUGAGCUGGUCAAGGACGGCAUCAAUGGGCGGAUAUUCAACACGAGCACCGAGCUCGCGGACCAGCUCAUUGAUACACUCGACGGCUUCCCACAUGCACCCAAGCUCGAGGCCUUGGACCAGUACUUUACCCAAAGAGCUGGUGUCUCCACGCCCAUGCGCCGGGUUACCCGGCCCGGCGUCGAGGAGGAGUGGUCGACUUGGGACGAGAACUGGGACGCAGUUAUGCGCCGCGGCGUCCUUGACUUUAAGCGUUGGUAA